AUGCUUUCGCUCAGACAGUUGCAGCUCUCUUCUAGCAGAAGGCUGUUUAGCCGCUCCAGCCGUGCGAUGCGUGCUUUUGCCGCGCAUGACGACGUGAACGGGGCGAAUUCGGCGCCUUUUGGCUCGAAAUACCAGGUGGUGGACCACGAGUACGACUGUUUGGUCGUGGGUGCCGGUGGUGCCGGUCUCAGAGCUGCUUUCGGGCUUGCCGAGGCUGGGUACAAGACCGCGUGCAUCUCCAAGCUUUUCCCCACCAGAUCGCACACCGUGGCCGCCCAGGGUGGUAUCAACGCCGCCUUGGGUAACAUGCACAAGGACGACUGGAAGUGGCACAUGUACGACACUGUGAAGGGCUCGGACUGGCUUGGUGACCAGGACUCGAUUCACUACAUGACGCGUGAGGCCUCGGACUCCAUCAUCGAGCUGGAACACUUUGGUGUCCCAUUUUCCAGAACCGAAGAAGGACGUAUCUACCAGCGUGCUUUUGGUGGGCAGACCAAGGAGAACGGUAAAGGUGGCCAAGCCUAUAGAACUUGUGCCGUCGCUGACAGAACCGGUCAUGCCUUACUGCAUACACUAUACGGCCAGGCUCUAAGACACAACACACACUUCUUUAUCGAGUACUUCGCUAUGGACCUACUUGUUCACAACGGUGAAGUUGUCGGUGUCAUUGCUUACAACCAAGAAGAUGGUACCAUUCACAGAUUCAGAGCACACAAGACCGUCAUGGCCACCGGUGGUUACGGUCGUACUUACUUUUCGUGUACCUCUGCCCACACAUGUACUGGUGACGGUAACGCCAUGGUUUCGCGUGCCGGGUUCCCCUUGCAAGAUUUGGAAUUCGUGCAAUUCCACCCUUCUGGUAUCUACGGGUCCGGUUGUUUGAUCACCGAAGGUGCUCGUGGUGAAGGUGGUUUCUUGGUCAACUCCGAAGGUGAAAGAUUUAUGGAACGUUACGCUCCAACGGCUAAGGAUUUGGCUUGUAGAGAUGUUGUCUCUCGUUCCAUUACCAUGGAAAUCCGUGAAGGUAGAGGUGUUGGCCCCGACAAGGAUCACAUGUUCUUGCAAUUGAACCACUUGCCAGCCAGUGUCUUGAAGGAGAGACUACCAGGUAUCUCUGAGACUGCUGCAAUCUUUGCUGGUGUCGAUGUUACCAAGGAACCAAUCCCAAUUUUGCCAACUGUCCACUAUAACAUGGGUGGUAUUCCAACCAAAUGGUCGGGUGAGGCCUUGACCAUCGACGAAGAAGGUAAGGACAAAGUCAUCCCAGGUCUAUUGGCUUGUGGUGAAGCUGCAUGUGUCUCUGUUCACGGUGCUAACAGAUUGGGUGCCAACUCUUUGUUGGAUUUGGUCGUUUUCGGUCGUGCUGUUGCUCACACCGUUGCGGACUCUCUACAACCUGGCCUACCCCACAAGCCUGUGCCAGCUGACUUGGGUAAGGACUCCAUCGCCAACCUAGAUAAGAUCAGAAACGCAUCUGGUUCUAAGUCCACUGCUGAAAUCAGACUUGCCAUGCAAAAGGCAAUGCAAAAUGAUGUUUCCGUUUUCAGAACCCAGGAAUCUUUGGAUGAGGGUGUCAAAAACGUCACUGCCGUUGACAAAUCUUUUGCCGAUGUUGGCACCUCCGACAGAUCCAUGAUCUGGAACUCCGACAUGGUCGAAACUCUGGAAUUGCAAAACCUGUUGACUAACGCUAUCCAAACCGCUAAAUCAGCUGCCAACAGAAAAGAAUCCCGUGGUGCUCACGCCAGAGAAGAUUAUCCUGAAAGAGACGAUGAGAACUGGAUGAAGCACACCCUGUCAUGGCAAGCAGACCCUCAAGGAGAGGUUGAUUUGAAAUACAGAGGCGUGAUUGCUACAACAUUGGACGAAGCCGAAUGCCCACCAGUUUUGCCAACUGUGAGAGCAUACUGA